AUGACUUCCCGGGACGGUUACUUGUGGACGCCAGAUCAGGGCCUCAAGGCAGGUAUCCCCUGCAUUGGGAGGAUCCAACCCCCAACUAAGCUCAAUGGCCCUUCUCCCUGUGUCUACGAUGUGAUUGUGGUAGGAGCCGGCUAUUGUGGCCUUACUGUUUUGCGGGAUAUCUCCCUCGCUGGGCUGAGAGUUCUCCUUCUCGAAGGCCGUGACCGCAUUGGUGGUCGCUCCUGGUCCUCCAAUAUUGACGGCUAUCCCUUCGAGAUGGGUGGCACCUGGAUCCACUGGGGCCAAGCUCACGUCUGGCGCGAGAUCAUGCGGUACCAGAUGCAAGAUAAGAUUGAAAUAUCCAUGGACUUCUCGAGCGGGGUCAACCAAUAUCUCCAAGCCAGUCCCAAGGGUACUCAACGCUUCAGUCAUGAAGAAGAGUACGCUAUCAUGGAUUCUGGGCUCCAGAAGUUGUUCAAUAUUGACGGCCAGUGGGGCAAGCGGGUUAUGCCCUUCCCUCAUUCGGCCUCCUUUACUAGGGAAGCCCUUGCAUAUGACCGAAUGUCUGUGGCAGAUCGCAUUCGGAAUAUCGAGGACUCUCUCACGCUGAAUGAGCGUCGUGGCAUCGAAGCUUGGGUCCUUGUGUGUAGUGGUGGGACCCUUGAGACGGUAAGCUUUCUCGAGGUUCUGCACUGGUGGGCGCUCAGUGGCUAUUCUUAUGAAGGCUGCAUCGAGUACUUGGCGAAGUACAAAUUCAAGGACGGGCAGUCGAGCUUUGCCAUGCAUUUCUUUCAGGAGGCUCUCGCCACAAAUAAUUUGGACUACGUCUUUGACUGUCCCGUGGUCAGUGUCAAAGACACUGGAAAUACUGCCACCGUGACCGCUAGGGAUGGACAGAAAUUCGAGGGAAAGCGGAUUGUCAGCACUAUUCCUUUGAAUGUUUUGAAUUCUGUUGUGUUCGAUCCACCUCUGCGGAAAGGAAAGAAAAGAGCUGCCGACACUGGCCAUGUUAAUCAGAUUGUUAAGGUGCACGCCGAAGUGAGUAACAAGGACCUGCGCUCCUACACCGGUAUCAGCUAUCCUCAUAACCCACUUUAUAUUGCCUUUGGGGAUGGAACUACCCAGGCCGCAAAUACACACAUCGUUAGUUUUGGUGGACAACACCUCCACUUUCAUCCAGAAGAGGAUAUCCCGGUAACAAUCAAAGCCCUUCAAGGUUUGGUUCCGAUGGAUAUUGAAACACUAGUUUUCCACAACUGGUCAAAAGAUGAAUUCGCUAGGGGGGCAUGGUUUUUUCCUGGGCCUCGUCUCUUGUCAGACCAUCUCUUCGAUAUGCGAGCGCGAGAAGGAAAUAUAUAUUUUGCUAAUUCUGAUUGGGCAUUGGGCUGGCGGAGCUUUAUAGAUGGCGCCAUUGAAGAAGGCACUCGCACGGCGCUGGUGUUACGAAAUGAUCUAAUGAACAGCCUUAUGCUCGAUUCUAAAUUGACUUAG